UCAAUGAGAUGUAAAUGUAAGAGGGCAUCAGAUAAUAAUGUUUUUAUAGAAUGCGUUCUGCACGCGCCUGCCACACCCCACACACAUAUUAAAAUCUUUGAUAAUCUAAGUUCAACUCCAACACCCAGUUUUCUAUUCUGCGUUGGUCGGCGUAAUACUUUUUCGUUAUUUUGUUAUUGAGGGAGCGGUUAUCUUAGAUUUGUCGCCGUACGACUGAAGAAUUCCAUACACGGUUAAAAAGCUCGAACCAGUGGACUUGUAUCCUAUUACUAUACAGGCUGCUGCUGCUUCAGGCCAGCAUCUUGUUCGUUUUCUUCCUUGAAUUUUCAAUCUUUUUAUCUCUUUUUCCGUUGGGCCGAAACAAAGAAGCUAUAAUCCCGUCUGCAGUGUAAUUUGAUAUAGGUUGUGUUUGAUCAGAGACAACAAGCAAAAACUCUUGUUAUCUUUCUCAAGCUAUGGUCCUAGGGCUUCGGUCGAGACACAGAAAGGGCACUUCCGUUAAAGUUAAUUACAUUGUCAAUGUACAGGAGAUUAGGCCUUGGCCUCCAUUAGAAUCUCCGAAAUCUGCUCAAACCGUGUUGCUUCAAUGGGAAAGUGGUAAUCAGUAUUCUGGUUCCUUGUUUUCCACUGCUCAAGGUUCCAAAAUUGUAUUUAACGAGUCUUUCAAGCUUCCUUUGAUUCUUUACCAAGAUAAGAAGGCCCACAAUAGAUUUCAGAAGAAUUAUUUGGAGUUUAGUCUGUUUGUGCCACGUAAGGAUAAGGCUAAAGGUCAACUCUUGGGGACUGCCAUAAUAAACCUUGCGGAUUAUGGAGUGAUAGAGCACAUCACAAGCAUUAGUGCUUCGGUAAACCUCAAGAAGAGUUCUAAUAACUUACUGCAACCCGCUUUGAUAGUUACUCUGGAGCCAGUUGAAAAGGAUAGCUCCAGCUCAUCACCAAAUGUUGGCUUAUCGAAGGAAGCAUCAUUUGACAAUGAUGAGUUGGAAAUUGCCUCUUUUACGGAUGACGAAGCUUCUUCUCACUCAUCAAGGACAGGGGGGUCGUCGACCUUUGAGGCUGCAACAUCUUCACCAUCUCUAAUUGAGAAGAAUGGUAACAGAGAUGAUGAAUAUGACCAGGAGGAAAACAGAACUCUACUGCCUUCAUCUACUGAUGCAUCACCAGAUAUGGGGAGCCAUGUAAAUGAGAACAUUUCGUUCUCCAGGUUUUAUGAGCGAAGCACGACAUAUGUCAAGAAGAACCCUGAGACCACCUUCAUUAGAUCUUCUCAGUCAUCCAUAAGUUUUCAUGAUAUAAAUGAGAAGCCCAACACCGUUCUAGCAAAUUGUAUGCAGAAAGAUGUUCCCCUUACCUCCCAUGAAGUGAUUCCCAAUAGCAAAUGUACAACUACUGAAAACACUCAAAAAUCUGUAGAAGAAAAAUCCUCUGAAGGAUUUUCAUAUGAAGCUUUGUCAGCUGAUAAUAGUGGGAAAGACACAGUUAACUCCAACUCUGCCAAUUCUCUCCACUCCCCUGCUUCUCAAGAAAAAGAGUUGCAGCCAGAAGAUGUGCAGAUAAAUGAUGCAAAUGCUAGCCCGGUGAAUAUUGGUGAACAAUCAGAUGACCAGAUCACAGCAGGUGAACUCUCGGACUUCAGAAGUGAAUGGAAAACUCGAAUUCAGAUGCUCGAGGAAGAAUUGAGGGAAGCAGCAGCUGCUGAGAUUGGAUUGUAUUCCAUAAUUGCUGAACAUGCAAGUUCAGUGAAUAAGGUGCAUGCUCCAGCUCGACGAUUGUCCAGAUUUUAUUCUAAUGCUUGCAAAGCUGGCUCUCAAGUUAAACGGGCUACUGCAGCAAGAGCUGCUGUAUCUGGGUUAGUUUUGGUUUCUAAAUCAUGUGGAAACGAUGUUCCAAGGUUGACUUUCUGGUUGUCAAAUGUGAUAAUGUUGAGGGCCAUUGUAAGCCAGAUCGCAGCAGAAUUGCAAUGUUCUAAUAGACCAGAAAGCAAAAUGAAUGGUACUGGACCGGAAUUGACUGGAAGACUUCCACAUAAACGGGCAGAUUUCUCUCAUGUGGAGGGAGACCAAUCUAAGUCAAAUGAAGAACCUGAGGACUGGGAGGAUGUCUGGACAUUUAUUCUUGCACUGGAAAAUGUUGAAUCUUGGCUGUUUUCUCGAAUUGUUGAAUCUGUAUGGUGGCAGACUUUUACACCGCAUAUGCAGUGCACAGUUGCAAAAAGUAAUGGUUUGACCUCAGGCUCUGAUACAAAGAAAAUCUGUGGAAGAAGAAACAGCAUGAGUAAUCAUGAACAAAGCAAUUUCUCGAUGGAGUUAUGGAAGAAAGCAUUCAAAGAUGCCUGUGAAAGGCUUUGUCCAAUUCGGGCUGGAGGCCAUGAUUGUGGUUGCUUGUCUGUGCUGGUUAGAUUGGUGAUGGAAGAGUUGGUUAAUAGGCUGGAUGUGGCAAUGUUCAAUGCUGUUCUACGUGAAUCUGCUGAGGAAAUGCCCACUGAUCCUCUUUCCGAUCCCAUUAGUGAUUCUAAAGUCCUCCCAAUCUUGCCUGGGAAAUCAAGCUUUGGUGCUGGUGUGGAAUUGAAAAAUGCUAUCGGAAACUGGUCCAGAUGGCUUACUGAUCUCUUUGGCCUAGAUGAUGACUCAAUUGAGCAUAGUGAUAUUCUUGGAGAUGGCAAGAAACCAGAAUCUUUCAAGGCUUUCCGUCUCCUGCACUCAUUGAGUGAUCUUAUGAUGCUCCCAUUUGGAAUGCUUGCUGAUGCUUCUACCAGAAAAGAAGUUUGCCCAAUGCUUGGUCCAACAAUAAUCAAAAGGGUCCUAGACAGUUUUGUUCCUGAUGAAUUCUGUCCUGAUCCUCUUCCACAAGACAUCAUCGAAGCCCUGGACAUCGAGGAGGAUUUAGAUUCUUCGGGAGAUUUACUCACAAGCUUUCCCUGCACUGCGAGCCCUACAAAAUAUACACCUCCUCCUGCAGCUUUACUAACUUGUGCGGGAGAAGUGGGAAGCCAAGUGCUCCAGAGCAGCAGGUUAUCAACACUCAGAAAAUCCUACACUAGUGACGAUGAGCUAGAUGAGCUCGACUCACCCUUCACUGCAAUCAUUCCUGACAGCUUCCAGAGUUCUGCUUUAGCAAAACUCAGCUUAAUACCAAAAGAAAAGGGUGGUAGAAACGUUCUCCGGUAUCAGCUGCUCCGGGAAAUAUGGAAAGAUGAUGAAUAGUACCACAACCUUUCAGUAUGUAUAUAUAUGUACUGUUAAAUGUGUAUCUCUUCUCAUAACAUGAAAGCGUUUUGAGGACUCGGUUUCUUGGUUCA